AUGCAGCCCAAGUUUAGUGAUCCAUUCAUCAGCCGGCCGUCGGGGAAUGGGAAUGGUGGACGCUGGCUUUCCAUGCAUGCGGAGAGACCGAGGAGCAAGGGUCGAAUGAAGAUGAAUGAAUGCCUCUGGGACCUACUGGCUCCUAUAAACAGACUAAUGGAUCUGGUGAGGGACGUGCGAUCGUGGGAAGAAAAGGACCAAGUACGAGACGUGACAUCGGAACGAGGGACGGAAAAUUCGAGUCCGGUGAGAGAGGAUUGGAGAGGAUCGGGGAAUGAAGAGGACCACGAAGGAGGAAGAGAAUCAGGAGCUGGCGCGAAUGAGAAUGAGAAGGAAGAAAAAGACGGCGAUCCGGAGAAGGUGGUGACCUUGGUGGUGAUUCCUCCGUCCAACAUUGAAGUCAUGUGGGUCUGCAGUCCGACUGAAGGCGUCCGAUACGAGGUCGUUUACCACCCCGUCGGCUCCACGUACAAGAUUGUGUUGGAUGUAGAGGGAAAAUGUGGGGCAGUGUUGGAGCAGCUGAUGCCUUAUACGAGAUACCAACUCCAUGUCGUCACCUACACGGGCGACACCAAGCUCUCCACUUCUUCGAUCGUCUUCUUCGAAACGGAGGCCGUGGCGAGAAACCGGUUCGGUCGUCCGGUCAAGAUCCAAGACUACACGAGCGGGAAUACGGUGAGAGGAGAGGAGAUCGGGAUCGUGUUGCUGGUCCUAUUCGUCUGGGUCGGAGCCGUGAGCCUCUUCUUUCAUCGAUGGGGGAAGAUCCGCAUGCUGGAACCUUAUCAACCCAGCUACCAGGAACACAUGCACAACUGCUCCAUCGCCGCUGCACAGAUUUAUCCUCGGGGGAGCAUCCCGAACGACUUCGUGAACUUGAAACCCCUGGCCGAGAAAUUCGGAUUCCUCGGCGGGACGGGCGGAAGCUUGGGAACGGGAACGAAUAUGGCCGGGACAAAUGCCGCUUUCAACCUUCACUUUGGCUCUUAUUCCCCCGUUCGAUAUCGAGAUAGAGUGAAUUCUGUGUUCGUCUGUCCUCCCCAUUCCCUCCUUUCACCGGGGCUGUCCUUGCCACCCCGACGAGCCAAGAGUGCCGAGGAUAUCAAGUUCCUCCCCGCCAUCCCCGAUCCCCAUCGAUUCCGAAGAAGCAGCGAGCUGACUCAGUUCGUCCCGCACAAGACGUCCAAGAGGCCCAAGAUCCCCCUGGCGAUGUUUCGCUACCGCCAGAUGCAGAGCAUCCCCGAGACGGACUGUGGCGCGAGCGGUGGGGCAGGAUCCUCGAAGAACUGUUCCGCGGAUGUCUCCUUCGAACUCGAACCCUUCAAUUGUUCGUCUGAGGGAACGACCAGUUACAACAGCUCCUUCGCCAGUAACGCUGGAUCCUGUGCCGAAAUCCGGAUCAUCAACACCGACGUGUAAAAAAUAUUAUGCUUCAGAUACGCCAGACCAGGUGAUUCAACAUGAACGACCCGUCAUUGCUCGAUUGCCAUGGAAAAGACGUUCAGGCCUUCUCGCUUUCUUUCUUCAAAAACAAGAUGCUGAUAAAACAUGCUAGACAUUCCUGCCGACUUUUUUUUAUGAAUCCGAUCCGUCAGUUGAACGUUGCUGUUAGAAAAAAAACUACAAAUAUAUUUUAUAAAAUUGUUAAUAAUAACUUUGAGGAUAACCCGAAUCGUUAUGCCCCCAACAGUAAAAGGAUCGCUCAUUUUGAAUGCACCGGUUGAUGUACUAGUCUAUUGCAUGAGUUUUGGACGAGGUGCCUACUAUAGCUCAUUUGCACAUGGGCCUUCUCGUUCAAGAUAUCGCGUUACUACGAUAACUAUUCCGUUUCAUUCCUUCA